AGAUUCAUAGCAGAUCUCAGAGAUUUAUCACAUCGUCGGAUCUAACCCUAAAUUGCUCUAUAGGCGUAGCCAGACAAUAUAUCUGCCUUGAACUCGCACUGUUGGCGUCUCGUGGAGGGAGCUGCUUCGCCCCUGAUGCUGCGGAGAUAAAAUCCUUUAUCUUCUAUCUUCUGUUAUCGCCAUCUCUUUUCUCCCCCCCUCUGCGCAACUGAGUCGACACCGGUGGCAUAUUGGACGCGUUGGAUGGCUGCUGCACUUAACGAGCCGGUGUGAACCUCUUUCCCCCCUAUCCUCUUCAUCUUUCUCAGACUUUCAGACUAAAAACCACAACUACAGCAGCAACAAUGACAGAUCAGGUGGUUCAGGAGUCCUAUCCCGUCCCAGACCCGACUGUUGUGGAUCCCUGCCCGGCCACAGUGCGGAACGGCCAGUGCGCCGCGGAUGGCUUCACCAACCACCAACAGCAACCAGCCAAGACCCCCACCGAGCCCGAGUCGUUCACUAUGAAUCAAGAGAUGAAGAUUACAGACAGUGUGGAUGGAGAAGGUCUUCUUGAGAGCAGCAUGCGCCUGAAGCCCCAUGAGGCACAGAACUACAGGAAGAAGGCUCUGUGGGUCUCCUGGAUAUCCAUUGUGGUCACACUUAUACUGGCUGUAGCAGCUUUCACUGUAUCCUUCAUGAGACACAGCGCGUCGGCCUUUGGAUUUGCUUUUGAUGCUACGCUGGACGUCAUGUCAUCGGCCAUCGUCUUGUGGCGCUACAGCAAUGCUGCUGCUGUGCACUCUGCACACAGAGAGUAUAUCGCGUGCGUCAUCUUGGGGAUCGUGUUCAUUCUCUCCUCCCUGUGUAUCUUAGGAAAGGCCAUCCAUGAUCUGGCAACCAAGAUGCCUCCUGAAGUGGAUGACUUCCUCUACAGCGUAUCUAUAGUGAGUGGGCUCACAUGUGCUGUGCUGGCUGUGGCCAAGUUCUUACUGGGAAGAAAGCUGACUAGUCGGGCACUUAUCACCGACGGGUUUAAUUCUCUGGUUGGAGCCAUCAUGGGAUUUUCAAUUCUUAUCAGUGCUGAAGUCUUCAAGCAGCAUCCCGAUGUUUGGUUUCUGGAUGGCACCAUCGGAGUUCUAAUCGGACUCAUCAUUUUUGCAUACGGGGUCAAGCUCCUGAGGGACAUGGUGCCCCGUGUAAGACAAACAAGGAACUACGAACGCUUUGAAUGAGACCUCUGAAUGCUGACAAGAUGAGCAGUUUCAGACACACACAUACGCCCACACACCUAGGAGCUUCCUGCCCUCUUCUCUCUAGUCUUUCAUACACUCAUGUCCACAUUUCACUUGCACAUUGAUAUGGUCAGUACAUGCUCAUGUUCUGAAUAUACAUGCACAUAUGCUGUUUAUACUGUACAUAGUACAUUCACACACGUAUGUGUACAUACAUCUGAGAGACUUUGAGAGAAGCACAUGACUGAAGAUCCUCUACUGGAACGAAAACAGCUUAAGAUCUUUUUUUUUUUUUUUUUUUAAUUCUCUAGAUCUAUUCUAAUAAAGUAAAACAAAAAUGACACUGUA